CUUGAUGUAGUAGUAGUCAUUCCCAGAUAUUCAAAUGUGAAUUUGGUUUUUCAUUUGGUUCUGUCUCAGGUAAUAGAAAUGCAAUUUCUUUAGGCCUAUUAUCUGUCAAUUUCAUUGGUUAGAUCUCGGCAAGGCUUAUCUCACUGGCACAUAAAAACGUGAGUCACACCUUACAGUUUACUCCACAUUACAACCAGAGUCAUACAGCUGUGAGGAAUCAGCAACUGAACUGCCAAGAUGUCUUACAUGGAGGUGAAAAACAUAAACUUCAGUACAGGAAUGGAACUGAAGGUCAAAGGCGUCGUCAAACCCAAUCCGGUUCGUUUCUCUAUCAAUGUGGGGCUCACCGAAGAUAAAAUUGCACUGCACUUUGACCCACGUUUCAACUAUCAUGGGGACAUCCGUACCAUCAUCUUGGACACCAAGAAAGAUGGAUCCUGGCAAGAACAGCAGAAAGAAAAAGACUUCCCAUUUGAGGCAGAGCAGGAGUUUGAGGUGACCAUUGUUUUCAACCUUGACACUUUUGACAUUUAUCUGUCAAGUGGCAAAAUGGUGCAGUUCCCCAACCGUCUGGGUCUCAACAAAUACAAGCACAUUUUCUUUGUGGGAGAUGCUACGAUCCAAGAAAUAAUUGUGAAGCCAUCUGGAAAAGCUACCAAGAAAUAGUGUGGCUGCUGAUUGGCUGCUUGGCUUCCUCCUUCCUGCCUACUGCUUCACUGCAACUACACCACCCGACCAUCAGGGAAUUUAGUCUUCUGCCUCUGCAUUUCUCUGAUGUCUAUGAAA